UUCCUUCUUGGGAGCGACAAGAGGCGUGACAGGUUGGGAAAACCUGCGGCAAAGUGAAAUCACAAUCGCAAAGAGAAAGCGAGCCACGCCACGCCCCGCGGGUUCAACCUCAAGCACAGGAACAAAACCUUCAUUGACCAACGGGUGAGUGGACACGUCAGGAACGCAGUUGAAAUUGGUCAAAUUCUCCAAAAUUUCACAAAGUCAACUCCACAGAACGACGGGGCAAUUUGGCGUGUCCGGCCGCACCAAAUUUUCCGAGGCCUUUUAUUGCUCCAACCUGUGUUUUUUGUCCUCCCUAGAGAAGACCCACUUCUUUCUUCUUCUUCUUCUUCUUCUUCUUCUUCUUCUCUCUAUUCCUAUUCUUUUCCCAGAGAAAUUCAUAGUUCGUCAGUUAUGAAGCUCCAGGCUUUUUUUCCGAGCUGCUUUUCAGCGUCCAACGUUGUCGACGAUGGAAGCAUGGAUGGAGUGGAUGGGUUGACUCCUCCGAGUUUCCGAGCCUUCACGUACAAGGAAAUGAAGGCCGCCACUAAGGGAUUUCACCCUUCGAACAAAAUCGGAGAAGGCAGCUUCGGAUCUGUGUUCAAGGGCCGGCUUCAAGAUGGCACCACCGUGGCGAUAAAGGUGCUCUCUGUCGAGCUCGAGUCGAUGCGAGGCGAGCGGGAGUUCAUCUCGGAGAUCACGGCUCUUUCUCACAUCAAACAUGAAAAUCUGAUCGGCCUUCUAGGAUGUUGCAUUGAAGGAGCCGAUCGGUUCUUGGUCUAUGAAAACAUGGAAAAUAACAGCAUUGCACACGCCAUGAUAGGUGAAGAUCAGAAGAGGAUGAGAUUCAAUUGGGAGGUGAGGCGGAAAAUCAUGCUUGGGAUAGCAUGCGGGCUCGCGUAUCUGCACGAAGAGGUGGAGCCUCACAUUGUGCACAGAGAUGUCAAGGCAAGCAACAUCCUUCUGGAUCGAGAUUUCACUCCAAAAGUUUCCGACUUCGGUCUGUGUAGGGUUCUCAGAGGGAAUAUUACUCACAUCAGCACUCGUGUGGCCGGAACAUUAGGUUAUCUUGCUCCUGAAUAUGCCAUCAGUGGCCACUUGACAAGGAAAUCGGAUGUCUAUAGCUUCGGAGUGUUGCUGCUAGAAAUAAUCAGUGGUCGACCGGUUGUGGCCUUCAACUUGGAGCUCGGAGAACAGCACCUUGUUCAAAAGGUGUGGGAAGCGCACAAGGAAGACGAGCUACAGAAAAUAGUGGAUCCGGUUUUAAGUGUGAACGACUACCCGGCACAGGAGGCCGUCAGAUUCAUCAAGGUGGGCCUACUCUGCGUUCAGGAAGCAGCGAAGACCCGGCCCAGGAUGUCAAUGGCGGUUAAGAUGCUGACCGGCAAGGUCAACAUCGACGGCGUCGAGAUCACCGAGCCGGGGCACAUCGCGGACCUCACGGACAUUCACAUCAGUUCCAACAAGUCCUCGAUGCUGAGCGUUUUCUCGAAGGAUUCGGAUUCCUCCGGGACGGCCAGGACCCCCAAGGCAGCGGUGUUUUGAGUGGCGUUUAGGUGGUGCUAGGAUGUUGCCGAUGUUUGGACGAUGAUGACCGAGGAUUUGCCUUCGGAAAAUCAUCCGAAUUCUAGUAUAUAUAGAAAAUACUGUAAAAAGAGAAUCUGGAUAUCCAUGGAUGUGUAAAUAGGAGGUGAUUGGAUGUCCCCAAGAGAAAAAUGUAAUUCUCGGAAGGUGAAAUCAUUGAAUCGUUAUUAUUUUUUUCUUUAUCUGGGUUGAUUUCUACACCGACAGUAAUUCUCGGUCAAUGUUCGUGAAUCACCAAUGUACAUCUUCUUCAA